AUGGCCGAGGAUCCGUUGGAGCCGCUCCACACGGCCAGGCACAAGCAUCCCAAGAUCGCCAAGAUCGAGCACGGGCUGAUCAGCCUUGCCCAGCUGUUGCAGCUGGGGUUCGGGGAGGCAGGAGCGAGAGUGAUCUCGCGCAGUCUGAGGAGCGGGAGCAUGUGCGGGGUGGACGUGAACAAUACUGGGACGAUCAUCAACGCUUUCUUCGGCUUCUGCGACAUUCGAAACUUCACGGACCUGACGGAAGUGCUUCAAGCUGACGUGGUAAAGGUGGUGAACAACGUAGGUCGAAUCGUCCACGGCAACGUGACUAGGAACCACGGAGCUCCCAACAAGAACAUCGGAGAUGCUUUCCUGCUUGUCUGGAAGCCCAAGGGAGACGUGGCGAUACAGGAGGUAGCAGACAGCGCCCUGCGCUCCUACAUCCAGUCCAUCCUUGAGAUCUCUCGCGAUCGGAGGCUGCUCUACCACACCAGCCGCAAGGAAGUUCAAGAGCGAAUGCCGGGAUACUCGACUACCAUGGGGUUUGGUUUGCACUUCGGCUGGGCGAUCGAGUGCACCAUAGGGUCUCGACACAAGCUGGACGCGUCCUACCUCAGCCCGCACGUCAACAUGGCGGCAAGGCUGGAGCAGGCGAGCAAGCAGUACGGGGUUCCUAUCCUCAUCUCAGGAGACGUCUUCGGCCUGCUCUCCAAGAGAGUCCAAGUCCUCUGCCGCUUCGUGGACCGAGUGACGGUGAAGGGAAGCAACGCUCCUGUCGAGCUCUACACGUUCGACGUGCCCGAGCAGCACCAGCGGGAGGGGGGGUAG